AUGGCGACAGAAGACGUGAUGCUGAUAUCUUUCGGACCUCUGUCGAAUUGCACCCUUGAACUCUGUGACCUCGAAUGGAGUGCCUUCGGCUACCUACCCAACAUCCCUGCGAAUGCGACUUUCCUCGCUGUUUUCGGUCUGUUGCUGGUUCUACACUUGGUACAAGGCGUUCGGUACAAGGAAUGGGCAUUCAUGUCUUGCGUGAUAGCCGGCUGCUGCCUCGAAAUCGCAGGCUAUGUCGGCCGUAUCAUGCUGCAUGCGAACCCUUUUGACUUCAACGCAUUCCUGGUCAAUCUAGUGCCAAUCACCGUUGCCCCCGUCUUCUUCUGCGCCGCUAUAUACGUCCAGUUGACUCGAGUGAUCAAUCACACAGACCCCUCGAAGUCUCGACUGAACCCUCGCUUGAUCACUUACAUUUUCAUUCCGUGCGAUAUCACAUCUCUUGUUCUCCAAGGCGCUGGCGGAGCUCUAUCGGCUGGCGCGAUGUCUGAAGAGGGAACCGUGGUUGGAGUCAAUGUGUCGAAAGCUGGUCUCAUCUUCCAAGUCGUUACGCUCGUCUUCUUCAUCGCUCUGUCUAUCGAUUAUCUACUAGCCUUGAAGCGAUCGCAUAAGAAGAGCGGGGCGAAGCUAGAAAGGGCGCUGAAGAUACUGAUGGCGUGUCUAAGCGUGGCGACAAUCCUGAUUCUGGUACGAUGCGUCUUCCGCAUUUACGAGUUGAAGAAUGGUUACUUCUCGCCUGCAUUCAGAGACGAGGAGACCUUCAUUGCAUUUGAGUCUGUUUUCAUGUGCGUUGCUGUGGCCUGCCUCAACGGUGGACAUCCUGGUCGCAUCUUUCACACUCGAGUAGUAUCGAUCGACAAUACGGCCGUUUUGGAGACAACGCAGGUACCAAAGUAA